AUGGCCUCUCAUUGCCUCAAAGUGGGGAUAGACUUUGGAACGACGUUCUCUGGGGUCGCAUAUAUUGAUACUGCGAAACCAAACGAUGUUAUCUCAAUAAUGAAUUGGCCCGGUGAGCCGAGGAAUUUCGAGAAAGUACCCAGUGAAAUUUCAUAUAAUUCUGCCGGAGAAGUACACAAGUGGGGCUACGAGAUCAACGAAAAGGAUGAGAAACUGGCUUGGUUCAAGCUUCUUCUGGACCCAACCCAGUAUGCCAGCAAAAACUCGCCAGCUCUUUCCAGAACGCUUGCCCUGCUUCCAGGUGGCCCACCAUCGAAAAAGCCAGUCCAUGUGGUUUCGGAUUACCUUUCGUGCCUAAGAAAGCAUACGCUUGCAACCCUAGAACGAUCUUACGGAAAGGUUUUCAUGAGCGCAAUACCGAUAAAAUACACAUUAACAGUUCCUGCGAUGUGGAGCGAUACUGCGAAGGCGCUGACUCUGGACGCCGCUGUUGCCGCUGGCUUGGGGAGCAGGGAUGAGAUUGAGUUGAUGUCUGAGCCGGACGCUGCUGCAGCAUGGACCAUCCUGAAGGAUAUCCAGUCUACGCAUCUCAAGCGAGGCGACGUCUUUGUUGUGGUUGAUUGCGGCGGUGGGACCGUUGACCUAAUAUCAUACGAGAUAGUGUCACUCAGCCCAAGUAUCUCGGUGAAAGAGUGUGCCAGUGGUAAAGGAGAACUAUGCGGUUCCACAUUUCUCAACCAAAGAUUUGAGAACUUGGUGAUAUCACGUGCGGGGAAACAAAACUUUGAUAAGAUGAAGACUAGGUCACUAAAUAGGAUGCUGAAGGAGUUUGACCAAUCCCUAAAACGAAACUUUACAAAUGCGGAAGACGAUGAUGAAUUCGUUUGCACUGCGGGUGGAUUACCUGAUAAGCCCAAAGCAGGGAUCAAACGUGGCGAGUUUACUUUUACAAGGAAGGAUAUGCUUGGUAUAUUUGAUCCUAUCAUUGAUCGAAUAGUUCCGCUUGUCCAAAACCAAAUCGAUUUGGUUGAAGCUCAGCAUUCGGGACUAAGGUCGCCAGUUUCGGCUAUCCUCUUGGUCGGGGGCUUUGGCUCUUCGCGAUAUCUCUAUCAGCGCUUGCAGAACGAAUUGAAGACGGGGAAAGGAAGUUACACAUCGUCACCGGAGAUUCUUCACCCUGUACACGCUUGGAGUGCUGUUGCGCGCGGUGCUGCGCACGGCAUUCACAUCAGCAGUCGAAAGGCACGAAGACAUUACGGCACGCUAGUCCACGCCGUAUUCGUCCAUGGCAAACACCCAAUAGAAAAUCUGGAGAUAUGUGAAUUCACCGGUAGGCGGUUGUGCACGAACGUCAUGAACUGGUUUAUCAACUAUGGCGACCAAGUGUCGGAAAACGCCCCAAUAUCAAUCACCUACUACAGAGAGGUACCACUGAAUGCUAGCUUGAUAUUCCAUGAUUACCUCUAUGAAUAUACGGGAACAAGCGCGCCAGAAUACUCGAAUCAACCUCACAAUAGAACACUUCGAAAACUCUGCGAAGUCACUUCUGACCUCAGCAAUGUCUCAAAGAGUUGUUUUGAACUCAGAGAAAACAUAUAUGGAGAUCCCUACUACGUAGUUACGUUCAACUUGGUGAUCACAAUAAAGUCAGCUACUAUCGUUUUCCAUUUGGAGCGCGACGGUGUGAAGUAUGGAACUGCCAAAGCAACUUAUAUACACGACUUCAAUGCCAUGAAAGAGCCUGAGGCAGAUUUGGGGGCUACUAUCGGGGAAUGA